UAUUCAUUUCAAGGAACGCCAGCCAGCCAGACAAGAAACCAAAAGAUUAACACAUUUGUUCCAUUACAGAGACAACAAACGCCAACAACGACUGCUGCCAGAGUUGAAAUUGAGCCCCAGUGGGGUGACCUGCCAGUGGAAGCCAGUGGAUCGGGCAGUGGAAGAACUCCCCAAGCUGGUGGGAGCAAAGGAGACGGCGGGGCGAGGCGAGAAGAGGAGUGAACGUGCCUUCAGACGCCGAGCCAGCCACUUGCCAGUCUCGUGUCUCAGUUCGGGCCUCGAGGAUCAGCCGGCGCGGUCGUCUGGGCGAGGCGUGCGAAAGGGCGCGGCCGGGCGGAAUUCGACGUCGUUCGUAAGCAUGGCUCAGCCCCGCGACAGCCCGUGGCCAUGCGCCCUCCUCGCUGUAGCGCUGCUGACGACGGCCCCUGCGCUCGCGGAGGGCGUCGCCGGAGCCAACCGAGUCCCCGGCCUCACCCUGACGCAGACGGUGAGGGCGGAGCAGGACCUGGGGCCGCUGCUGGACCUGAAGCACAGCCACGAGUCGAUCUUGGACUCUGAGGGCAUCGUGACUGUGUUCUGGACUCCGGACCUGCAGAAGGAGGAGGUGACCUUCGAAAUCCACGCCAGGACCUUGGGUUGGCUUGGCUUCGGGUUCUCGUCGUCAGGAGGAAUGAGGGGCUCGGAUAUCCUCAUUGCAUGGGUGAAAGAUGGUGAGGCCUUUGCACAGGACCGAUAUGGUGUCGGCAACCGCGUACCUGUUCUAGACGACCACCCUGACUGGGAGCUGCUGGGCGGGCGUGAGAAUGGCACCCACACGACCAUCGUUGUCAAGAGAGCUAUCAACACUUGUGAUGAGCAGGAUUUUCGUCUGACGAACGAGACUGUGCGUUUUAUAUACGCGUAUGACAGUGACGACCCACCUGAAGAUGGUGACAUAUAUUAUCACGGACCUCGGAGGGGUAACAGAUUCGCCCUGGUUCUCCUCCCCUUCCACCACAAGGAACCGACCCCUGAUAUACAGACGUGGGAAAUCAGCCAGAGAGUGCCACUGCCCAAUGGAGUUGACACCUUCUACUGGUGCCACAUCGAGAAGGUGCCAAAGUGGAGGAAGAAGCACCAUUAUAUUGGGUUCAGCAUGAUCUACGGUGAAAACUCACGAGCUCACCUCCACCACACGCUAGGUUUUGAGUGCAAUGUGCCAGACGGACGAAGACAACAUGAGGUCUAUGAGAGAUAUGUCGGUCAUGAGGGCUAUGAGUGCUACACGCCCAACAUGCCUCCUGAUUUCAACUACUGCGAAAAGUUCCUCAUUAACUGGGCCAUCGGAAGUGAGGGGGAAAUGCUGCCUGACAACGUGGGUUUUCCCCUUGGAGAGGAUCACGGGGGGUCGACCUACCUGCUCUUCCAGACCCACUACGACAACGCGCGGUAUGCGAGAGACAUCGCGGUGGAGUGGGGGAUGAAGAUCUACUAUACUGAUAAGAUAAGGGAAAAGGACGCCGGGAACCUCGCCGUGGGUCACUCCAUCGUCUUCUCCCUCACGGUACCGCCCAGAAGGUCAGACUGGGUCACGGCAGGUCACUGUUCGUCCGACUGCACUCGGGGCAACAUUCCCGAAGAUGGAGUUAAUGUUUUCAUGAUUUUCCUUCACGGUCAUUACACAGCUCGAAGCAUCAAACUGAGACACUUCCGAAACGGCCGCGAACUCCCACCACUCGGAGAGGACAAGAACUUCGACGCCAACUUCCAGCAGGCGAGGAUUUUGAGUGAGCCGGUGAAGAUCUAUCCCGGGGACCACCUGACUGUUGAGUGCCACCAGGACAGCCGCGACCGCCCCAAUGCCACCUUCGCCGGGUGGGGUGCCAGGGACGAGAUGUGCCACGCCUUCCUCAGCAUGUGGCCGAGGAUCCCCAUGGCAGCCUGCAGGUCCUCGCCCCAUCUGGAGACGCUGAGGGAUGCCUGGGGGAUCAAGUCCUUUCCGAGUGACCUCGACCUGUACAAGUAUGAGUUUGACCCCUGGCUUGGCAACCAGGGCGGGAUCAACUACCAGAAGUACAUCAACGGCUUGUCUUGGGACAAACUCAACCUGCAGAAGAUCAACGAGAAACUGCGCCGCGGCCUCCACGUCAACAAGUGUCAGUACAACUACGGCAUGAAGAUCGAGAUGGCACGAGAGGUGACCAAGUACCCGUCGGUGCCAGAAUACGUGGAGCCAGUCGAGAGCAAGUGCCGCGGAACACCUGCUGCGUCUCUCUCUUCUGUUAACGGCGUGGGUUCUCCGAAUGGCCCCGCCCUGCUCGGAACAGCUGUCGCCUUCCUGUGGGUCCUUGCUGUGGUCUAAGAAGGAGCUGCCCUCAGGGUUUCACGUAGCAUGUGCUUAGUCUGUUUUCUGGAACUGUACAAAUAUGCAUCGUGUAGGUCUGUGUACAUUGGUACAUGUACACACACAGGCAAAACUCAUUAAGUA